CUCUCUGAGACUCGAAACGGUCCGAUCGCUUUCAGGUCUCUCUCUCUCUCUCUUUCGAUGUACGGAGGCUCAUCGAAGCUUGGCCGUGGCGGCGGCGGCGCGGGCCGAGGAACCGGACCCAAGCGGCCCCACUCUUUCCCUCUACCGCCGCAGCACCGCCCAUCCGGCCCAGGCCCAGGUUCCGCCAGCCGCCUCUCCCUCGGCGGACGCGGCUCCGGCUCCGCAUCCAACCCCCGAAGCCGCGGCUCGGGCCCAGCCGCCGCGGAAGAGACCUUCAGUCUCGUUGCUGGGAAUAACCCGCUCGCCUUCGCCAUGAUCAUACGGCUCGCGCCGGACUUGGUCGAUGAGAUCAAGCGCGUGGAGGCGCAGGAUGGGACUGCGCGUAUCAAAUUCGAUGCGAACGCGAAUAAUUCUACUGGGAAUGUUAUUGAUGUGGGUGGGAAGGAGUUUAGAUUUACAUGGUCACGAGAAUUAGGCGACCUAUGUGACAUAUAUGAGGAAUGUCAAAGUGGUGAAGAUGGAAAUGGUUUGCUUAUUGAAUCUGGGUCUGCCUGGCGAAAGCUGAACGUGCAGCGUGUGUUGGAUGAAUCAACGAAGAAGCAUGUUAAGAUGAUGUCAGAGGAAGCUGAGCGCAAGCUUAAAUCACGCAAAGCCAUUGUCUUAGACCAUGGGAACCCGUUGAUGAAGAGUCAAUUGAAGCAAUUAGCUGCUGUUGAGGCUAAUCCAUGGAGGAAUCGCAAACCAAAGAAAGAGCCUCCAUUUAAAAAGCAGAAAGUUGUACCACCUCAAGUGAGCGGGCCCCCUAAAUCUUUCUCUAAAUCUGGAGUAUCCUCAACUACUACAAAGGGCAGACACUCAUCUUCACCUCUUCCAUCUCCACCAGAGCAAUCUGUUCGUCCAGCAUCUCCAUUGGGGAGUGUAAAUAUACCUAAGAGUCAUGCUACUGUAGAAGAUCUAAUGCCCACUCAGGUGAAGAGUAAAGAGAAUGCUGCUACUAGCUCUGAGAAAGAAAUCCCAACCAGGACUACUGGUGCAGUACGGGAAACACUGGGACGCAAAAGAAAUGUUGGAGCUAUUGGAGAUACAAUUCCCAACUCUGGGAAGAAGAUUGAGCCCAUUAUAAAAAAAAGUUCAACUUUUCAUGCUCAAGGAAGACAUUUCUUGAAGCCUGGAGUGGAGCUGGAAAGCCUCAAGAAACCUUUUCCAGAAAGCGGAAGUUCUCCUGAAGACAACCAUCAACAGAGACCUGCAACUGAAGACAAACUUGGUCAGACUCCUGCUGCAGAACCAAGAUUUGAAAAGAAAGUCCCUGCUGAUGAGCUGGAAGAACCAGCACACUUAAACUCUAGAGUAGAAGCAAAUGCAUUGGAAAAAAUUGACAUCCAACAACAUUCACCUUAUCUGUUUGGUGAAAAAAAGGGCUCUGAAAAUGGUGAAGGGCGGGCAGGUAGCUCUAGUGAUAGUGGAAGUGACAGCGACAGUGAAAGUGACAGCAGUGAAAGUGCAAGUGAAAGUGGAAGCCGUAGUAGAAGCAGAAGCAGAAGUAGAAGCCAAGUGGGUAGUGGGAGUGGGAGUAGCAGUGACAGUGAAAGUGAUGCAUCUUCCAACAGCAAGCAGGGUUCUGAUGAGGAUGUGGAUAUAAUAAGUGAUGAUGACAAAGAACCCCAGGAUAAAUUGCAACCCUCUGAACUAGGGUUCUCUUCCUCACCCAUCCUGAGGACGACUCCUGAUGGCAAGCCUGUGCACAGUGGGAAUUCUGAGAAGCAAGAUGGUCAAGGAUCUGAUGCAGUUGAGAUUGAAAAAGACUCUCCUGAUGAUGAACACGGAACUGAAAUGGCUGUAGUUACAAGCUUGGUUCGUGACAAAGAGGGUGGAAAACAUGCCGAAGAAACUAAACCCUUUUCACCUGGUCAUGAUGAUCUGCAAGAGUGCCAACAUUAUGCAGGAAGUUUAUUUGAUGAAGGGGAAAAUACAGUUAAGGACAGCGUCAGACAUGAGCAGUCUGACAGCUCUGAGAGGAUAUCUAAAGUGAAACUCAAAAGGGGUUCUGAUGUGAAGCACUUAAAUGAGAAAUUUGAACGUACAAAAAAGUCCAGAGCAGAAGCUCAACCCCCUGUUUCUGGGGGUUGGAAUAGUCAAUUCUCAGAGAGCUCUCAAAAUUUAUCCCCUGAUAGGCUUGGUGGAAACACUUUUAUGGGUCCUACCAUUCUAGCGACAAAUAGAACUGAUAGGGAUGGGAAUGCUGAUAUUGGCCUACAGAAGGGAUACAACCAGGCAUUUCCUGGAAAAUCUAGUUCAGAUAUCCAGCAAUCUGGUAGAAGGUCCUUUGAUCAAAGCACAAGGGCAAAGGCUCCUGAUACAGCAGAGAGACCUGACAAAUGUGAGAGCUUGGGACGUAGUCGUAAAUACUCUGAAAAGAGCUCCCAUGUGCAUGAGGGUUUCUCCAUGCAAAAAGAAAAUUUUCAUAGAGAUGCUCCAAAUGAAGAUGAUUAUGCAAGUGCGAAAAAGGUUUCAAAAAAAUCCAAGGGAGGUGGUGCUGGUGGCAAACAAUCAGUGCCAUUUGACUCACAUUACCGGAAACAUGGUGAAGUGCUUGGAAAGUGCAAGGAAGGUGGGCAGUUUUCGAGUUCACUCAUGGAUUAUUCGCCGAAGGAUAACAUCAGAACUGGAGUGGAUGUAUCCCCUGUGGUCAAUGGCAAAGGCAGUAUGCUUCAAAGAGAGCUUUCAGACUUGGAGUUGGGCGAACUUCGUGAACCCUUGCCUGAGGAAACAUCAGUUAAAAAGAAAUUUGAACGUAAAAGUUCAUUUAAACAAUCUGAAAAUAUACCGUGCUCUUCAGAUAACUGGAAUUCAGAUUUAAUUAAAGGAAAACCUGUUGGGAAGACAACUUUAGAAUCUGGAAAGCCAUCCCCACCCAAUCUAAGUGCGGGGCUCCAUAGCAAUCUAGAAGGCUCAAAUAAAAAGAGGAAUGCAGAAGAUCGGGCUGUGCAAUCUCAGCCACAACACCUGUCAAAAGUUGAUCAUGCUGAAGUUGGGUCCCAGCUUAACAAAUUGGCAGAUGGGAGUAAUAAAUCUAGACAGAAUGAAAAAGGAAUUGGUCUGGAAAUUUAUAGUGAAAGCAAUAAGAAAGCACCCGUAACUGCUCCUCAACAGCAUGAUGCUAAACGAGGAACAGUUUCUCAAUCCAUAAUAGAAACUAAAAAACAAAUAUCUAAUGCAAUAGUUGAGUUGACUGAUGGGAGAAAGGAUUCAAAUUGGGCUGAAGGCAAUAAUAGCGAUCGCAAGAGGAGGGAUUCUUCUUCAGAUGAAAAUAGUUGUUCUUAUUCUAAGUAUGAAAAGGAUGAGCCGGAGCUGAAGGGAUCAAUAAGGGAUUUUUCUCAGUAUAAAGAAUAUGUGCAGGAGUAUCACGAUAAGUAUGAUAGUUAUUGUUCCUUGGACAAGAUUCUGGAGACUUACAGGAAUGAGUUCCAUAACCUCGGAAAGGACCUGGAUUCUGCUAAAGGCAGGGAUAUGGAGAAAUACUUUGACAUCUUGGGGCAGUUGAAGGAAUCCUAUCAUCAGUGCGGAAUGAGACAUAAAAGGCUGAAAAAAAUAUUUGUUGUGCUUCAUGAAGAAUUAAAGAACCUCAAGCAAAGGAUUAAAGACUUUGCACUCUCAUAUGCAAGAGAUUGAAGAUAAAUUUUAUGCACUCUUGCAUACAAGAAGGUGAAGUAUCAUACUCUAGGACUUUGCAGUUAUCUGGGGAAUGAUCAAGGAAGAUCACCAGGAUGCAAGUUCUGCUUCAGAGAUGGAGGAAGAACUCUUUUCAUGACCUUGAAGAUGAAGGAAGCACAUCAGAAUGCAAAAAUUGCUACAAAAAGGACUCCGGUUAGACGGGAUGUCCACAACUUUUUGGUUCACACCCCAUAAUUCAUGUGUUGUACAUCUUGUGCCCUUUGUAUAUAUUCCUCUUGUCCCAUAUUAAGAAGAUGAGUAGCUCAUAUAGAGUGAGUCAUUUAUAAAGACGUUCAUAAAUGUUAAGUCUCACAUUGCCUACUGAUUAGGUGAAAUUGUGUUUUAUAAGUGAUUCUAGGAAAGUUCUAAAUUUA